GAGGGAGGGCAAAGACUCGUCGCGCACGAAACUCUUCGAACUCAGCGUCCGAUGAGCGCAGCAGCAUCGAGGAGCUUGAGACUGCAGGGCCUUGCAGAAGCGUCUGGAGUUCCCCGAGAAGCGGGAGCGCAUGAGCUUUGCAUCGAUGUCUGCAGCACCGCGCGGAUGCGCAAGGCGGGGACUGGCGAGAAGAGAACGGAGCAGGGCAUCAGAGGCGUAGGUACUUGGGUCGUGAUAUCUUCUGGAAUGGGGUUCGCAGAUUUCUUCAGGUAGCUUCGGCUGAUCGUGAAUCGGAAGCCAUGAGUGGGAAACAAGAAUUGAGCCGAGGCGAGUAGACGACACAAGAUUUGGGGAGCUGUAGCGAGUAGUUUAUGGCUGUAGCUUAUGAAGCGUGGGUAUGUCCAUCCUGGAUUGACUGGGUGUUGAAGCAGGGGAGAAGUAGCGCAGCUGAUUUUGCAAGAAAUGGAUUCGUGAUCGGGACGAGAUCGAUGUCGAUUUUGAGGAUUUAAACCGAGAAGCACAUUGGGAUGGAAGGAAGGCACAGAGUUUGUAUGAGGACAGACGGAUUAGUUUACUUCUAAGGUAUAUUGGCCGAAGUUUGCAGAGGUUGGAGAAUAAAGUUUUGUUUAGUAGCAUGAGACGAACUGUGUAGUGGGAAUUAUGGAGAGAAAUAAGACAACAGAGCAGGUGAAGGCUCUCAAUCAGUUCUCCCGACGCCGGUUCAAGCGGCGAGAUGGCACCGGGCGUGUAACCACAAAUCGUGUCGUCAAUUUCAACAAAUUGUUGCUCAGUGGCGAGAAGCCGACCCUUCCGACGGCUAGCAGCUUGUUCAAGAAUAUAUCAACGACGCUUAAAGAAAAUGUUCAGCCAGAGUCGAAGAUAUCUCAAAACGUGGAUGAUUUUUGGGCGGUUGAGCGUCAGAAGCGAUUGUCUGCGGUCGCUCGACGGAAACUGACAGGUUCGAAAGACAGUACUGGAGAAAUAAAUCAACAACCCGUCACUCAACAACGACAUGAUAGGCAUGCCCGAUCUCGUCGCUAUGGAGGCAAGAGGAAGCUUAAUGCCAAGCCUAAGAAGUUGGAUGUGUAUAUGGAUGCGGAGUUCAUAGCUGACUGGGAUAAGGAGAGUCUAGAAGUGGAAGAAGAGCAACCUUGUACGAUAGCAUCUUCGGAGGCCUUUAUGUCAGCUCAAGAAAGUGCGCUGCUAGCCAGUUUUCCCGCUGGAGAGUCGAUGCACACUGAGGUCGAGGCAAAUCCAGUAGGUGGAGAACCUGAAGUGGAUGUGACACAUCAGGAGAGACGGUCGCCCAGCAACCAAGCGAAUUCAUACAGUUCACAGGAGGAUAUGGACUUGUGUUCAGGAGGUUCUCCAGAUAGUUUGAUGCAGAAUAAUAUCAUGAACCCACAAGACUGCACCCCAAACCUCCAAUCACUAGUCGAAAUGGACUGGAAUUCAGGUUUUUCUACCAGGGCUGCAUCGGGCAACGUUUUUAGCUCACACGACUGUUUUGAAAGCCGAUUGCAAGACUCUUCAGAACGACCGUUGGAUGCUGAAAACAAUACUUCUCUCGAAAUCGAUGCCCUUCCCGAUAGGCUGCAUGGAGUUUGUCAAGGGCCUGUACCCCAGGAUUGUAUCAGCUGCCUACCCAUGUAUUGUAAUGUGGACAGGAAUGCUUCUUGUGCAAACCAUGACAAUACGCCUCUCCAUAAAGCCACGUUUCAGAGAACUCGUUCACCUCUGACAUCUCCUACACCGCCUGCGAAUCCGUUCGCUGCCUACAUGUCUAGGAGAAAAGUGGGAGAAUCUGGUCAGAGGAAACUAGCCUUUGCCAGCUCUCCGUCGAAUUCCUCUCUUGAUAUUGGAGCAGACUUUCAGAAUGAAGACAUACCAGACCUUGGAGUUGACUGGGACAGUAUUUCCUACAACGACGACCCCCUUGAAGCUGGCAUUAUGGAGCAUUAUCAGGUUGCGAACAUACCAAGCCCUCAAAAGACGCCAGUGAAAAACUCAUGUCCUGCCUUGACGCUUCCAAAUGAUGGAUCAGAGACUGAGAAGGUUUUGCGAACGGAAAUAUACGACUAUGAUGUGGUUCAAAGUCAAGAGAGCUGUUCCAUGCACGUGAGGACGUCCACCAAUAAAUCUCAAAGCCGACGCAAUUCAGAAAGUGGCGUUCAUGUAGAGUCUGUUCAAGGUGAAAGAUGGGUCAGUCCAGGAGUCGAUGGGCCCCGGACUUCAAGUCUUCAGAAGAUGAAGUCGUCGCAAGAAGGGAAGGCCGGGCUUUCGAGCGUUUCAAAAGCACUUGUUUCCGAAGAUAAAGUUGAGGAAACUCCGAAAGUUGUCAAGCCUGAUAUUUGUGGUUCGACAUCUGAAAAGACAACGCAAGCAGGGAAGACGACUCUUAGCGGUGCAAAAGUCAUCAUGUUUGAAGAAUAUCGCGGUAAUGCAGGUCUAAUCGACGAAGACACCCCGAAAGUUGACGAACCUCCACUUUCUCCUUGCAAAUCUAUCAAGACGCUGCAAGUAGAGAAGACGAGACUGUCAAGUGCUGCCAAAGCUCUUCGGUUUGAAGGUGAGGAAAUUGACAGCCCAGGAGUUAGUGACCCCCCAGGUUAUGCUUUCACAUCCGUCAAGAAUAAGCAAGGAGAGAAAUCGGGACUUUCGAGCGCUGCCAAAGCUCUCAAUUUUGAAGAUGUUGCGGUGGAAGCCACCCAUGAUCCUGGAUUGGCUUCAGUGCAAUCUGAGGAGCCUCUGGAAGCAACGAAUCCCGAGGCCCACUUGCAGGAGAACAUCAUCACAGAACUUUGCGCCAAUCUGGAAAUUCAGGAGGACAAUACUACAACUGAGAGCUUACAACCGCAAGAACCUAAGCGAGGCGAAAAACCCAGAAGAACGAGGCGCCGUAAAGCUCAAGAUAAACGGAGCAGUUUAGAAGGUGACGAGAAUGGUUCCACCUGGACCCCGGAUGGACACAGGAGAAGUCAAAGGAUACGAGUGAGACCACUGGAGUGGUGGAGGGGAGAAAAGUUACUCUAUGGACGUGUUAUGGAUUCCUUAACUACCGUUAUUGGGAUUAAGCACAUUGAACCAGGACAAAAUUUCCAGAUCAAGUCUUUCGUGCCAGCGAAGUACAAUGAACUUGUUCGCUUGGCGGCCAUUUAGAAUUCCCCGUGAACUUGUAAUUAAACUUGUACUGCAACUUACGUACCAGCGGGUACGGAUGUAAACUUUUAGCAUUAGACGCAUGUGGCAUGCAGUUCUGUGGUGAAUCCAAUCCAGCCAGUGACAUUGAAGUCGGACCCUAAGCGCUCUUCAGCAGGGGGCUGAAUUGAAGCAAUUGUAGUACUCAAGAGUCACAACAGUAUGACGAAUGUAGGUAGAAUCAAUAGUUCCUCGUGAGAUGUCCAUCAAGUUUUGAAACAGGAUACCAAAAGUUACGUCCGAUAAUUUCUCAAAAUCCAACCACAUUCGAGCUCCAAUAGAUCAUGUUUAUGUUUCUUUGAAAAUCUUAACUGAUAAUAAGCAAAUCGCGUCUUUUCUUGCACUUGGAAUUCUGCCUUGUGUAUGUGCAAAAUGAAUUUCUACAAUCUAGAGACAUUAUCCACUGGUCAAGAAC